CAUAAGUCUUUUGUAAGAGAUUAAUUGAAAGCUAUUAGUUAUAUAUGCAGGAACUUGUUCAGAAAGUUGUUUUAUAAAACUUCAAUAUAUACUAUUAAGUAUUUUUAAAAAACUAAAAGAAUGAUUAAAAAUCGUUGUAAUACAUUUAACUUGAUAACGUGUCUUUUCGUUAUUCUUAUAUCAGCACAAAUAUUUUUCAACUCAAAUGCUAGCCCAGAAAUACAACCACCUGAUUAUGAUACCAUAUUUGACGAUUCAUUUUUACAAGUUAUAAUUACUAUUAAUAAUAAUAUCAAAUCAUUUGUCUGUGAAAAAAAUCAAAGAUUUAUUAAACAUUCAUUUAUAAAUAAAGAUGACAUUAAGUUGUUAUCAAGAUCUUGUGAAGAUAAUUACGAAUGUAGACAAAAAAAAGAAUCAAGCUUAAACAAAUUAAAAAAAGAAUUAGAGUCUUUAGAGUGUUUUCACACAUUUUUAUGUCUUCAAAUUUUAGAAGUGUUAAAAAACGAUAUUAGGAUAAAAAAUUUAAAUCCUAAUCAUACUCUCAAAAUAACUUUUCUAGAUGCAUCUGUUUACGUAGUUAGGAUGAUUUCAUUUUUUAUUUAUGGCAAGUUUGUUGUUAAUCCUUGGCAAUAUAAUUUUGCAAAACGACUCAUUGACUUAGCAAGACUCAAAAGACAAAAGAAGGAUACACUUAAAUUCAGUUUAGAAUACCUAGAUGACUCAGUAUUACUUUCUUCGAUGAAUGAAUUUUGCGAAAAUUGUAAAAAAACAAAUGAAUUAUAUAUUUUUCAAGAAAAAAUUAAUAAAUUUUUAAAUAAAAAAAAUUUCAAUCUUCAUGUGAAAAACUUAAUGUCAAAGACAUCUCUUCCUUGUAUAACAAACAUGAACAAAACUUCUCAUACACUUAUUAGCAAAGCUAAUCAAAAGGAAAUGGUUAUUGAUAAAGACUACGAAAAUAUUAAAAAAGUUUUUUUACAAAGUUUAAAAUUAAAUAAAUAUGACGAUGAAAUAUUUAAGAAAAAUGAAAUACAUUUCUUUAAUAAAGAUUUGUGGGAAAAAUUACGUAAUAAACGUCUAUCAUCUUCUCGUUUUCGCUGUGCUUGUUCAUUUAAUCAAACAAAAAAUAACGAACAAUUCUUGAAAAAAACAUUGCGCAUUUGGAAUAAAAAAUAUGAAAACUCUGAUACUAAAGAUAAUAUUCUGUUUCCUGUGCAAUAUGGUACAGUUAAUGAGCCCAAGGCAAUAGAACUUUUUGAGAAGAAAAUGGACGUAAAGAUUGAAAUGUGUCAUAAAUUUAUUGAUGAAAAGAUUAACUAUUUAACAGCAAAACCAUCUGGUUUUAUUAAAAAAGUUUUUCUACAAAGUUUAAAAUUAAAUAACUAUGACGAUGAAUUAUUUAAGAAAAAUGAAAUACAUUUCGUUAAUAAAGAUAUCUGGGAAAAACUACGUAAUAAACGUCUAACAUCUUCUCGUUUUUACUGUGCUUGUUCAUUUAAUCAAACAAAAAACAAAGAUUCAUUCUUGAAAAGGACAUUGCACGUUUAUAAUGAAAAAUCAAGUAAUACCAAAAAUAAUAUCCAUUAUGUUGAGCAAUAUGGCAUAGUUAAUGAGCUGAAAGCAAUACAACAUUUUGAGAAGAAAAUGGACGUAAAGAUUGAACCGUGCAGUGCAUUUAUUGAUAAAAACAUUAACUAUUUAACAGCAAAACCAGAUGGUAUAAUUGGGAAAGAUGGUAUUGUUGAAAUAAAAUGUCCAGUUAAGGUCCAAUAUAUGACUCCCGAAGAUGCUAUUAAAAAUAAAGUAAUAAAUUAUGUGCAUUACAAUAAGAAUGAAGAACUCGUAUUAAAAUGUACUUCUGAUACUUUUUAUCAAAUACAAGGAGAAUUACAUAUUACACAAUGGCAGUAUUGUUAUUUAAUUAUUUGGACACCAAAAGGUAUAGUUUAUUGUAAAAUUAUUCGAGAUGACAAAUUUUGGAACGAUAAUAUGGAACCAAAACUUAUUUACUUUUACGAAGACUUUAUGUUACCGGAAUUAUUAAAUAUUCAUUUAACUAAGGAUCUUAAUAUUACGAAUAUUUAGCUAAAAUAUAAUAAAUUAUUACACAUUCAUAUUUAAAUAAAAUAAAAAAUGAUUGUAAAAAUGUAUUAUUCAUUAAUAAAAAUAAAAAUAAUAAAAUAAAAUCUAAGGAAGUUAAGCGAUUCU